AUGCGUCCAUAUUCGGACGCCGUGGCCGCGUCGGCGGCCGCGACAGCAGAAGCGACGACGACGACGACGACGACGACAGUAGAAGCCUCGUGCUGCUCGGCGAGACCGCUUGCCAUCGGAGUCGUCGCCGUCUCGAUGAGCUUCGCCCUCAUCUACUUUCUCAUGAUUGUCCCGAUGACGACGACGACGACGACGACAAUAGCUCCGUCGGAAGAAUCGAACCGGUCUACAGUAUCCCCAACCACCACUACACUCGAUUCGAUCUCAACCACCGAAGAUCCUCUGUAUCAGUAUCUCAAUGAUAAACUUCAUCGCCACCAAAUUCCAAUUGUUCAUAUCCCGUUGUUGUACGAAGUAAAACUGAAACUAUUCAUUCCUUGGCAAUCGUAAGUCUCCGGCUCUGUCCUCUCUCCACAUACAUCCAUCCUCUUUCUUCAGAAACGUCACGUUCGGCGCCGAUAACUUUGCGGUCGAGGGCCACGUCCGCAUGCAUUUCAUUUCGGGCGGCGGCUCGCGCGUCCUGCUCCACUCCGACUCCGAACAGCACAUUGGCGAGUGUGUGGUGCGCGACGAGUUCGACCGAGAGAUAUUUGUGAAGCACGUGAGUGAUUUGCUCUCGAUCACGCACGUCAUCUGACCGUCGUUUCAGGUAGGUCGCGGAUUCACCCAGGUGCUCGAUCUGCAUCUCGCCGCCGACAUGAUUCACGGAAUGAACUACACGCUCGACGUCGCGUUCAAGGGACACGUGUCACUUCAGAAGCAGCAGGGCCUGUUCGCAGUUCCGUACGGAAACGGAAAAGAGCCGAGGUGAGGUUCUACUCAGAAAUUCGCCAAAUUCCACCCUCCAAGUUGCCCUAGUUUUUAUGAAUAAGUGAUGAGAACGAAAACUGAUCUUGAUUUUGCAACAGGUACAUUGUGGCGACGCAGUUGCAGACCAGCGAGGCUCGGACCGUCUUCCCGUGCAUCGACAUUCCAGAGGUCAAGGCUCAGUUCGACACAGUCCUCAUUCAUCCGCUCGGCACCACCGCCGUCUCCAAUAUGCUGGAGAACACAACGAUUGCUGAUGGGUACGGAUGAAUAGUUGUGUGUGACUAAAAGAAUGUUAUAGAGGUUGGACCACUACAACUUUCAACCGGUCUCCCAUAAUGUCGACGUAUCUGUUCGCGUUCUCAGUCUCGGAUUUUCCGUAUUUGGAAGAAUACUCGGCCAAUGGUGUUCGAGUGAGUCAUAAUCAGUCGUCUUGUCUUCAUUUUCAUUUCAGUCCCGUGUCUAUUGCGAUCCAGCCAAACUGAACGCCUCCAGGUCGAUCAUUCAAUCCAUCGCCCCGAUCAUUGACUUCUACGAGAACUACUUUGGCAUUCCGUUCCCUUUGCAAAAGCUCGGUGCGUCUAUCCGCAAAUAUUUUAUUUACACUUUAACUACAUACACACAACUCUAA